AUGGCCGCACAGGUCGAGGAUUCGAUUUCAGAUGAAGAUCGCAUUGCGACAAUCCAGACGAACAUCGUGAGCAGCAAGGGUGCUGGGCCUACCAAUGCCGGUGCACAUGCUGAUGACCCCGUCAAAGAUGUAGAGAAGCCAAGCGAGGGGGCACAGUUUGGUGUCCAGAAGAUCGAAGCCGUGACCAUGGCUUGGUCCAAGGCAUCUUUGGCUACGGUACUUAUCCUCAUCUGGCUAUUGACGCUUGUCAACGGCUUCAAAUCCACGGUUGUCAGCACCUUGAACCCCUUCAUCACAAGCUCCUUCCAGGCCCACUCGCUUUUGACCGUCAUCACGAUCGUUGCGGGGUCCAUCACCUCCGCGAUCUACAUUCCUAUGGCUAAAAUGCUGGAUGUCUGGGGACGCGCGGAAAGCUUUCUCCUCAUGAUGGCUCUCUGCAUCCUCGGGCUGGUUCUCAUGGCCGCCUCGCAUAACCUUGCCACCUAUUGUGCCGCUGAGGUGUUCUAUACGAUCGGCUUUGGAGGACUAAGCUACACGUGGGAUGUUCUUGCUGCAGAUGUGACAAAUUUGAGAAAUCGAGGGUUGGCGUUCGCCUUCACCUCCUCUCCCGGCAUAAUCACUGCUUUCGCAGGAUCCAAAGCUGGAGCGGGAUUCUACGCCAAUGUCAGCUGGCGAUGGGGCGUCGGCUGCUGGGCCAUUGUCUUUCCAUGUGUAGCUCUGCCACUGUAUGCUGUCCUGGCGUGGAAUCUGCGCAAGGCUCGCAAGGAGCAGAUCGUGGUGCGCGAGAAGAGCAACCGAACCUUUUCCGAAACAAUCUGGUGGUGCAUCACAGAGUUUGACUUACCCGGAGUUUUCCUUCUCGCCGCCGGUGUUGUCAUCUUCCUCCUCCCGUUCACCCUGGCCACGACGGCACCAAACGGCUGGAAGACAGGCUACAUCAUUGCGAUGAUCGUGGUGGGCUUCGUGCUGCUGGUGUUCUUCUUCCUCUACCAGAUCUACUGGGCGCCCGUGCCUUUCCUGAAGAACCGCUUUCUGCUCGACCGCACCGUCCUCGGCGCCGUGCUCCUGGACAUGACCUACCAGGUCUCGUACUACUGCUACGCGAGCUACUUCUCCUCCUUCCUGAUGGUCGUCUACAACCUGGACGUGGCCACGGCGGGCUACGUGACCAACACCUUCAGCGUGGUCUCGUUCGUGUUCCUGUUCAUUGCGGGCUACCUGAUCCGGCUGACGGGCCGCUUCAAGUGGAUCCUGUGGUUCUGCGUGCCCCUCUACAUCUUCGCCAUGGGGCUGAUGAUCCACUUCCGCCAACCCAACGGAUACAUCGGGUACAUCGUCAUGUGCGAGAUCUUCUUUUCGGUGUCCGGCGGCAUUUUCAUCCUGUGUGUGCAGCUGGCCGUGCUCGGGGUCGUCGACCAUCAGCACGUCGCCGCCGUGCUGGCCUUCCUGUACGUGGCCGGCGGGAUCGGCGGGUCGAUCGGCAGUGCCAUCUCCGGCGCCAUCUGGACCAACACUUUCGAAAAGGCCCUGAAGCGGUAUCUCCCGGCAUCCGCGCAGCCGGAUCUUCUCACCAUCUAUGAGAGUCUGCCGGCGCAGCUGGCUUAUCCGGUGGGGAGCGAGGAGCGACUGGGCAUCCAGAAGGCGUACGGGUACGCGCAGACGAGGAUGCUGGCGGCGGCUACCGCGUUCAUGGUCUUGGGGUUUGCCUGGGUGGGUAUGAUGAGGAAUAUUAACGUCAAGAACAUGACGCAGACCAAGGGGAAUGUUCUUUAA